AUGAAAGGCACAUUCUUUCUCCUGGCUCCCCUCGUGGGUGCCGCUGUCCUGGGAUCGCCAUCACAGUUUGAAAAUUGUCCUGGCUACAAAGCUUCUAAUGUGAAGCAGUUGGGUCAAAAAUUGACGGCCGACCUUGAUCUUGCCGGGGAUCCCUGUAAUACCUAUGGCACGGAUCUUCCAAACUUGAAGCUCCUUGUGGAGGCACAAACUGAUAAACGCCUCCAUGUCAUGAUCUACGAUGCCGAUGAGGAAGUCUACCAAGUACCAGACUCUGUUCUUCCCAGACCCGAGAGCGCAGCGGAUCAUCAAAGAGAGCCCACUCUUCGCUUCGACUACAAAGAGAAUCCUUUUUCAUUCCGAGUUCUGCGCGGGGAUGAAGUGCUUUUCGACACUUCUGACACCAACAUCAUCUUCCAAUCUCAGUACUUGAAUUUGCGCACUUGGCUUCCCAAUGAUCCCAACCUGUAUGGUCUGGGCGAACACAGUGAUUCGCUGCGUCUGCCUACCACUAACUAUACUCGCACUAUCUGGAAUCGUGAUGCAUAUAGCAUCCCUUCCAACUCGAACCUCUAUGGCACUCAUCCUAUCUACGUUGAUCACCGCGGAGAGAAGGGCACCCAUGGGGUCUUCUUUCUGAACUCGAACGGCAUGGACAUCAAGAUUGAUAAGACUGCCGAUGGCAAACAAUAUCUUGAGUAUAACACCCUCGGCGGAGUCCUAGACUUCUACUUCAUGGCUGGUCCGACCCCCAAGGCAGUCAGCGAGCAGUACUCUGAGGUCGUAGGUCUUCCUGCUAUGCAAAGCUACUGGACUUUUGGAUAUCACAACUGCCGAUAUGGCUACCAGGAUGUCUUCAAUGUCGCCGAGGUAGUUUACAACUACAGCCGUGCUGGAAUUCCACUCGAGACUAUGUGGACCGAUAUUGAUUAUAUGAGUGCUCGCCGGGUAUUUACUCUAGACGAUGAGCGGUUCCCUGUCAACAAGAUGCGCGAGUUGGUUUCAUAUCUUCACAAGCAUGACCAGCACUACAUUGUCAUGGUCGAUCCAGCCGUUAGUAACUCUGAUAAUGGUGCUUUCAAACGAGGCCACGACCAGGGUGUCUUCCUGUACCGUAACAAUGAACAGAACGAACUCUACGAAGGUGCCGUCUGGCCCGGCCUAACCGUCUACCCUGACUGGUUCAACAAAGACACACAGACCUACUGGAACUCAGAAUUCGAGCGAUUUUUCAGCACAAGAGAUGGCGUCGACAUCGACGGUCUAUGGAUCGAUAUGAAUGAAGCUUCAAACUUUUGCCCCUACCCCUGCAAGGACCCGGCACAGUACGCCAAGGAGAACAACCUACCCCCAGCGCCUCCACCAGUCCGAGCACCUCCACGCCAUAUCCCCGGUUUCCCAGCUGGUUUCCAGCCUGGGUCUUCUUCCUCUGGGGCUUCUGUGUCGCGCCAUGCGAAGAGAGGUGAUGCUGUUAUUGAGACACGUAGUGUCGGUGAGAAACGGAGCCGCGGCGGAAAGGGAAAGAAGGUCGGCUUGUCUGGCCGAGACCUUAUUAACCCGCCGUAUCAGAUUGCAAACGAGGCUGGUUCAAUUAGCAAUAAGACUAUUGAUACAGAUAUCAUCCAUGCCGGUGAGGGCUACGCUGAGUAUGACACGCACAAUCUCUACGGAACUAUGAUGAGCUCGGCUUCCCGCCAAGCGAUGUUGGAGCGUCGACCCGACGUGCGACCCUUGAUUAUCACGCGUAGCACUUUCGCCGGAGCAGGCUCUCAGGUCGGCCACUGGCUCGGCGAUAAUUUUAGCCAAUGGGAUAAAUACCGCGUCUCAAUCCCGCAGAUGCUAGCCUUCGCCUCAAUUUUCCAGAUCCCAAUGGUCGGCAGCGACGUCUGCGGCUUCGGCGGAAAUACGACGGAAGAGCUCUGCGCGCGCUGGGCAAUGCUCGGCGGCUUCUAUCCGUUCUAUCGGAAUCACAACGAGUUCGGUACCGUGUCACAGGAAUUCUACCGCUGGCCUACUGUAACAAAAGCCGCGAAGAAGAUCAUCGAUAUUAGAUACCGUCUUCUCGAUUACCUGUAUACUUCCUUCCAUCGUCAGACUUUGACGGGCAGUCCGUUCCUCCAGCCGCUUUUCUAUGUCUACCCCGAGGAUAGCAAGACCUUUGACAACGAGCUGCAGUUCUUCUACGGUGAUUCCAUUCUCGUCUCGCCUGUCUCGGAAGAGGGCGCUACCUCUGUCGACGCCUAUUUCCCCGAUGAUAUCUUCUAUGAUUGGUUCACUGGUGUUGCUGUGCAGGGUGAUGGAACCGUGAAGACGCUUACCGAUCUCACUAUUACGGAUAUCCCGAUUCAUAUCCGCGGUGGGAGUAUCAUCCCCCUCCGUACGGAAAGUGCCGAGACUACGUCGGAUCUGCGCAAGCGCGGCUUUGAGAUUCUCAUUGCCCCUGGUGUUGAUGGGUCCGCGGAGGGUGAGCUGUAUAUUGAUGAUGGCGAGUCGAUUCAGCCCGAUAGUACGGCGGAUAUUCAGUUCAAGUACCAGGAUGGCAAGCUUCAGAUCCAGGGACGGUUUGGAUACCGUCCCAAUGUGCUUAUUGAGGCUGUUACGCUGCUUGCGAAGAAUAAUAAGCCUCGGGAUGUUGGAUAUGAUGCUCAGAGACAGAGUGUUACGAAGCAUGUCCGGAUUGAGUUGACUGGGCCUGCUGAGGUGACUCUGUGA